UUGUCCUAAAAAAAUAAAGAAUCUUCAAUUUCAUUUCAACUGUUGAUUUAUAUAAUUGAAGCUUUUAGACACAUCAUAGAGUCACCCCUUGGUAUCAGAUUCUUGUUGCAUAUCUCAGAGAGCAAAAGCUAGCUAGAACCACAUGGCAGCUACCAAUUCACUAAAGACUUCCUCUUCCUCUAUGUCUUCCUUAUUAUUCCAUGACCUCCCCAGAGAGAAGUUUAUGGGAUUUGACUACUGCCAAUGGGAAGGGUUUUGGUACCCCCUCGUUUCCUUGCUUCCGCCAUGGAAGCUUCAUCAAGCUUCGUGGCAUGUGACGAUGAUGUCAUCCUGGCGUCCUCCAUGAAAACGGGCACUACUUGGCUUAAGGCACUCAUACCAUGCAUCAUGAACCCUAAUUCUGGUGGCGAAUGUAGCGAUGAUGACGAUGACCCUUUGACCGAAAGCCAUCCCAACAUGCUCAUGCCUUCUGUAGAGAUCCAAAUCUAUGGUGAAAAUUCUACUUGCAGUGUCUCCGAUAUGCCAUCUCCUCGGCUUUUUCGAACCCAUCUGCCCUACCCAACGCUACCAGAGACCAUUAAGACUUCAACUUGCAAGGUUGUGUAUAUUACUCGCAACCCCAAGGAUGCUUUUGUGUCUCUGUGGCACUUCCUUAACACAUUUAAAACAGCAGAAGAGGGGCCAGCCCCCAUUGACGAACCUUUUGAGCUCUUUAGCAAUGGGGUUCACCCUUUUGGGCCAUUCCAUGAUCAUGUUCUAGGGUACUGGAAAGAGAGUUUAAAAAGGCCUGAAAAGAUAUUGUUCUUGAAAUAUGAAGAGAUGAAGACAGACCCAAGAGGGGAAGUGAAGAAAUUGGCUUCAUAUCUUGGAAGGCCUUUUGAUAAGGAGGAAGAGGUUGAUGAGGUAUUGUGGAGAUGUAGCCUAGAAAGGCUAAAAAAUUUGGAGGUGAAUAGAAAAGGGUUUGACCCUUGGGUUGGGGCACCAAAGAGCUCUUAUUUCAGGUUGGGUGUUGUUGGGGAUUGGAAGAACAGCUUGUCUGAGGAUAAGAAGGACAGACUUGAUGAAAUUACAAGCAUGAAACUGGAAGGAUCUGGCUUGGAGCUCUAGAUUUUCAUGUAUUCUAUAUGCAUUUGACUUUUGUUGUUACAGUCAGUCAACAUAUUGUUAAUUGACCUAUUUGAAAAAGCAUUUUAGCUCGUAUUGACAACAUCUAUUGACCUACUGUUAGUGAUUUAAGUGUAAGU